GAGAGGCCGGAAGCACUCGGAAGUCAGGUGCUCCCCCGGCCGCGCGAGUGAUUGGCUUGGAAGCACGAGAAUGAUGCCGCUGUGAUUGCCGAAUCGUCUGGGCAGGGUUUGGAGCCUCUGGUAAGCUCCUGUGACCCGUGCACCCCUUUGGAGAGGAAGAAGAGGGAGAGGCCUGCUUUCUCUGGAAUCUAGUGGUCACAUCCCCACCUGAAUGCCCACCUCAGGUGUCGUCAACAUGGAGUUCUGAAGUCUCUGUGGUUCCUCACAGUGAACCAGGUCUUAAGGAAAAUGCAGAGACGCCACAGCAGCAACACGGAUAACGUUCCACCUGAAAGAAAUCGUAGUCAAGCGCUCAGCUCUGAGGCGAGUGUGGACGAAGGCGGAGUCUUUGAGAGUCUGAAGGCAGAAGCGGCCUCCCCGCCAGCGCUCUUCUCCGGCUUAUCGGGCCUCCCGACAGGCAGCCUCCCCGCCACCCCUUUCCCGUCCAGCCUGGUGUUGGGGGCCGCGGCGGGCGGCGGGGACGUGUUCCUCCAGAUGCCCACAUCCAGGGAGGAAGGCGGGGGCCGCGGUGAGGGGGGCGCCUACCACCACCGCCAGCCCCACCACCACUUCCACCACGGUGGCCACCGCGGGGGCUCCCUGCUGCAGCACGUGGGCGGGGACCACCGCGCGCACUCCGACGAGGCGGGCGACGAGCAGCCGGGGACGCCUGCCCCGGCCCUGUCCGAGCUGAAGGCCGUGAUCUGCUGGCUCCAGAAAGGGCUGCCUUUCAUCCUCAUCCUCCUGGCCAAAGUGUGCUUCCAGCAUAAGCUGGGCAUUGCCGUGUGCAUCGGGAUGGCCAGCACCUUCGCCUAUGCCAACUCCACGCUCCGGGAACAGGUCUCUCUAAAGGAGAAGAGGUCGGUGCUGGUCAUUUUGUGGAUCUUAGCCUUUCUGGCGGGGAACACCCUGUAUGUGCUCUACACGUUCAGUUCCCAGCAGCUGUAUAACAGCCUCAUAUUCCUGAAGCCCAACCUGGAGACGCUGGACUUCUUUGACCUGCUGUGGAUCGUGGGCAUCGCAGACUUUGUGCUCAAGUACAUCACCAUCGCCCUCAAGUGCCUUGUCGUGGCCCUGCCCAAGAUCAUCCUGGCCGUCAAGUCCAAGGGAAAGUUCUAUCUGGUCAUCGAGGAGUUGAGCCAGCUGUUCCGAUCACUCGUUCCCAUCCAGCUGUGGUAUAAAUACAUCAUGGGUGACGAUGCCUCCAACAGCUACUUCCUCGGCGGGGUCCUGAUCGUUCUCUACAGCCUCUGCAAGUCUUUCGACAUUUGUGGCCGCGUGGGUGGAGUUCGGAAAGCCCUGAAGCUUCUCUGCACCUCUCAGAAUUAUGGAGUCCGGGCCACUGGGCAGCAGUGCACAGAAGCUGGUGAUAUCUGUGCUAUCUGCCAGGCUGAGUUCCGAGAGCCUCUGAUCCUUAUGUGCCAGCACGUGUUCUGUGAGGAGUGCCUCUGCCUCUGGCUGGACCGUGAGCGCACCUGCCCGCUCUGUCGCUCAGUUGCCGUGGAUACCCUGCGCUGCUGGAAGGACGGGGCCACUUCGGCACACUUCCAGGUGUACUAGGGCUGAAGACUGCAGCAUCGAUGCUCCCAGGCACACCAGGGAGAUGACGGAGGGUCAGCGGUGUUGGGUCCAACUCCGGGGGCUUCCUGGGAGAAAGUCCUCAAGCAGUGACUGUCCUCCUUCCUCCCUCUCUCCAUCUCUUCCUCUAAAACCAGGCCCCUGUCCCCUUCCCCACCUUCACCUUCCUCUCUUGUUCUGAUCAUGGUGUGUGCAUCCUACCCCUACACAUGGGGACGCCUUCUCACUCAGACCUGGCCUCCACCUAUGUAGGUCCCCCACUUCCCUCCAAGUCAAGGAACUGGUAAUGGACCAAGUCCCACCUGUUGAUUAUUUUAACUCGUGGUGACCUAAUACCUGAUGCUGCAAACUAGGAGAGAGGCCUGGAGAUACCAUCUCCCCCUAAAUGGCCCAAGUCCGCAGAUGAGAAUCACUGUGAACUAUUUUCCAAAUACAAAUGCUGAGCCCCACCUUAUACCUACAGUAACUACGUGUACCAAACACU